AGAAAAUGUCCUCUGUUAUGUUGGUAUUCCGUGCUGUCAACUUCACGCUACUGCGAUUGUCUUUUAUUCCACAGAAUUGUGUUUCAUUGCACAUGUUCAUCGAUUUCUGUUGAAUUUAGGGAAAGUAUUACGAAUUGAACGGCAAAAUGGGUGCUAUAUCCAGCAGAUACCGUGUGUACAACUCGGGACUCACAAAUGUCGAUGCAAAUCCCGCUGAAAGUGAGAACAAACGUGAAAAUCCCGGAACGUUAGAUGAAAUUCAUAAAAAGACCAAAGAUGUGAUGCCAGUCAACUUUGAAGGUGGCAAGCUGAUGGUGAACCGAGGAUUGUCCAACCAUUUCCAGAUGUCUCACACGCUUACAAUGAGUUCAGCACAGAAUGGCUACAAACUAGGAGCAACAUACAUUGGUACCAAGCAGAUCUCUCCCUCGGAGGCCUUCCCUGUAAUUCUUGGAGAUGUAGACCCAUCAGGCAAUGUCAACUUCAGCUUAAUUCAUCAGCUCACUCCGGAGAUCAGGCUGAAGGGAGCUGCUCAGGUGCAAGAAUGCAAGCUGACUGCCACCCAGGGUACUCUGGAGUACAAGGGUUCAGACUACACACUCGCAAUGGCUGUGGGCAAACCUGACUUCAAUGAGAAGUCAGCUGUGUUUGUUGGUCACUACUUACAGUCGGUUACGAAGCGUCUGGCGCUGGGUACGGAGCUGGUGUACCAAUCGGGCGCUCGCGUCAUGGGCGGGGAGAUCGCAAUCACCUCCGCCGCCGCCAGAUAUACCAUGGACGACUCUGAAGUAUCGGCGACCCUAAGCACGGCUAACUUCCACUUGUGCUACUUCAAGCAGUGCAGUGAACAAUUACAGGUUGUGGCGGAAAUGGACACCUCAUUCAGAGGGAUGGAAUCAGUCGGCACCAUCGGCUACCAGGUUAACAUACCCAAGGCAGAUCUAAUCUUCAGAGGAAUGGUAGACUCAAAUUGGAACAUUGGAGCAGUUCUCGAGAAGAAGUUGCAGCCCCUACCAUUCACAUUUGCUCUGUCGGGCAUGGCCAAUCAGGCGAAGCAACAGUUCAAAUUUGGCUGCGGUCUCAUCAUCGGUUAAUGAGUGAUUGUGAUGACUGAGAGACGAGUCAAGCUAGUGAUCAUGUGUGAUUUAAAAGUGAAGUUAAAUAAUCCUUCAAGUGAAUAAGUUAUUCAGUGUGAAAUUUUAUCUUCGUUGCGUGGUGUGGAAAGAAAAAUAGACAUAUAUGCAAGUGUUGUAUAAAAACUCGUGUUCUACUGCUUUAGAUAUCUGUCGCCUGAAUACUGAACUGCCACUCAAUUUAAUAUUGUGCUAUCUCUAUCAUUUUAUAAAAUAUUUGUGUCUUUACAAGUAUGAAGUGUGUUGCAAAUGUGGAUUUCAUUGUGUCUACUUAAAUAGCUGGACUGUUUAUACUUAAUUAUGUUUUUGAUUGGAAUUCUAAGUUUGUUGCGAUAUAAAAUAAUGUUAGCUUAUGAAAGGCUGUAUUGGGUGUUGCAUUUUCAAAACUUUAUGUCCACCGAGUUAAGCAUAUAAAUGUAUCACACAUAAUAAGAUCAUGUUUUUAAUUUGAAUGUGUUCAAUAACUUUCUGUGUAAUAUACUUUUGUCUGAUUUUUUCACUUGUUGUAUGACCACUAGCUUGAUUUGUUAAUGUAAUAUUAAUUUAGUCUAAUAUUCAGUUGGUUGGUGUUAGGUAACCUAGUUAUUGGACUUCCAUUCAAGUAAAUAUCAAUGUUCAUAAUUUUGGGACGAAUUCUGAAUAUUAUUUAUUUACUAUCCUAAUUUCAAUGCAAUAAUUUUAAAUUCUUGUAGUAUUUAAACAAUUUUAAUUAAUGUAUUUGAAAUGUUAUUUAAUAAUUUUCACUUAUUUUCUGCUACAAAUGUACAAACUUAAGUAAUUUAUUAUCUAAGUGUAUUUUAUAAAAAUAUGGAAGUCCAAAAUGUAGGUUACUUGCAUAUGUUAGAUGAUUCCUAAAUAAAUUAAUAGAUAUAUGUAUCACAAGUUGUGUGAAUGUAUUGAUAUGAGCCCGGACACCAUGUAAAGUAUGUAUUGAUACUUUUUUCUUGGACGUUUUAUGUAUACCUUAUUUUUAUUUCUUAUAUUAUUACGCUAUACUGUUUGCAUAACACCAGAAUCGCAUUUAUGACAUAAGAACUCGCUCUAAGAUUGUUAAAAUAAUGUUAGUUAAAUUAACUUCCUAUUCAAAAUCCUAACUGCAUCAUUUGAUUCGCGAUAUUUUAUGCCUAUAGCUAAUUUAGUAGGAUAGGAUUAUUUUAAUACAAGACUUCUUUUUAUAUUGUUUGAUUGCCUUUAAUAUCUUAGAGUGAGCAACAAUCUGGGUCCCCCUGUUUUGACGUCCCCUACAGAAUAACACGACCCCAUCUAUACUGGGGUUCAGUCAAGCUUGAUGUCUUUUCGCUGCCAUUCGCUGCUACGGCGUUACAAGAAGGUGGACAUUUGCAACUCGUUGUCGAUAGCAUAUGUAUUUAUAUGUAAUAAACUAUGUAUUUUAUGUUGUAGGCAUUUUGCGUAACAUUGAUAUAAAGUAGUGUAUUUUUAAACUAUACACAGACAGAAACAACAUGUUAAUUAGAAUUGAAUUGUAUCUAGUGUGUAGUAAAACAAUUGAAACAUGUUAGUGGGUGUGUUAUACAAAUUCAAAUCACAUUUGUGAUCAUACAAAGUUGUUAUAUGUGGGCUGUUGUCACAUCGAAUGUUACCCAAAAUGCCCAACUUGUGUGCUAAAUAAAUAACCAAAUAUUGUAAUGAUCUGAGUGAUCAAGUCUCGAGGUGGCUGCAAAUGUUCACCCUCUUACUGUAUGAGUGUAGAUAGGUUAUGGCAUACUGUACAAUGUACAUAGAGCCUGUUGUUAAAAUGUUUAUUUUUAAUAUAGUUACUUAUGUUAAUAAAUCAAUUUGUUGUUUUAUUUCUACAAUUAACAUCAG